AUGGAUGCCGAAUCACCCGCCGACCGGGAGAACAGGACUCGUUCCUUGUGGAAGAAGCUGGACACUCAGAACGAGGGCUUCCUCGACCUCAAGGCCUUCCGGAAAGGCCUCAAGAAGCUCGACCACCCCCUGAAGAACGCAGACGACCUGAUAGAAGACGUGCUCCAUGCCGCAGACAUCAACAACAGUGGCCGCAUUGAGUACGACGAGUUUCGCAAAUUCGUCGAUCAGACCGAACGAGAGCUUUGGCAGCUCUUCAAGAGUAUAGACCGCAAUAACGACGGCAACCUCGACAAGAAUGAACUACGCUCUGCCUUUGUACGUGCCGGCCUGGCCGUACCCAACUCGCGCCUCGACAACUUCUUCGACGAUGUCGACACGGACAACGACGGUGUCAUAGAUUUUGGAGAAUGGCGCGACUUUCUUCUGUUCAUGCCUAUCAGCUCGCCUGGGAUCAAGGCCGUCAUGUCAUAUUACCAGGGAGCUGUCAAGGUGACCGCAGAGGGCGAUGUGUCGGUCAGUGAUGAGACAAUUCAGGGAAUAGGCUAUUUCCUGGCCGGUGGCAUCUCUGGCGUCGCUUCCAGAACAACAACCGCCCCUCUAGACCGCCUAAAGGUCUAUCUCAUCGCCCAGACUGGCACCAACGAAGCGGUACAAGCCGUCAAAAGCGGUGCUCCCACAGCAGCAGCAAAAUCAAGCGCAAAUACUUUGGUCAAAGCCUGCAAGGAACUCUGGGCUGCAGGCGGCAUUCGGAGUUUGUUUGCUGGUAAUGGUUUGAACAUUGUCAAGGUCAUGCCCGAGUCUGCCGUCAAAUUCGGCUCGUAUGAGGCCGCAAAAAAGAUGGUCGCUCGAUUCGAGGGUCAUUCAAACACGCGAGAUAUUUCACCCGUUUCACAAUUCAUUGCGGGCGGUGUAGCAGGAAUGGUUUCUCAAGCUGUCGUCUACCCCCUCGACACGCUAAAAUUUCGAAUGCAAUGUGAAACUGUACCAGGAGGUCUCCGAGGAACCAAGCUCAUCGCCGCAACCGCUGUCAAGAUGUGGGGUAAGAACGGCAUCUUCUCCUUCUAUCGUGGCUUGCCGAUGGGUCUUGUUGGCAUGUUUCCCUAUGCUGCCAUCGAUCUCGGUACCUUUGAGUAUCUGAAACGCACCAUCACCGCAUACAAUGUCAAGAAGUACGGAGGACAUGAGGCCGAUGCUGCGCCUAGCAGUUUCGCAACAGCUCUGAUCGGUGGCUUCAGCGGUGCCAUUGGAGCCUCCGCCGUCUAUCCUUUGAACCUGCUCCGUACCAGAUUGCAAUCACAAGGCACCGCUAGUCAUCCUCGCACGUACACCGGCAUUAUGGAUGUUACUCGACAAACCCUUGCAGGAGAAGGCGUCAGAGGUCUCUUCAAGGGACUCACACCUAACCUGCUCAAGGUCGUCCCAGCGGUGUCCAUCACCUAUGUUGUUUACGAAAAAUCCAAGAAAGCCUUGAACCUUCGCUGA